AUGCCCUCUGACGAUACCGCCUCCAGUGCAGCUUUCGCUCAGGUCCCUCGCCGAAGGGUCUACGACUUCGGCGUUAUCCCCGUGCCCCAAAGGCUGCAUCAUGACCCCGCACAGCCGGCGAAAUUUGGCCUUUCCCUCAACAUCCUGUUUGCGGUCGUCGGUGCCGUCGUCAUUGCAAAUCUGUAUUAUUGCCAACCGCUAUUGAUUGAACUAUCGCAAUCUUUCGGCGUUUCCUAUGAGUCUGUCUCCAGAGUGCCUACUCUUGUACAGGGCGGAUAUGGCGCGGGCUUACUAUUCCUAGCCCCCAUGGGCGACCUCACGCGCCGUCGGCCUCUACUGCUAGCCUCAUUGAUUGGUGGCACUGCUUUGACCAUAGGACUUGCGGUGACACACUCCUUCAUAGCCUUCGAAGUCAUAUCAUUCUUCAUUGGUAUGUUCGGCAUCGCGCCGAAUGUCCUCAUCCCCCUGGCCGCGGAUCUCGCACCGCCGAACCGAAGAGCCAGUGCAGUGGGCAUCGUCUUCUCUGGCUACCUGGUCGGGCUUCUCUUCGCUCGUGUGGUGGCAGGCGUAAUCGCUCAAUACGUGACCUGGCGGGUCGUCUACUACGCUGCUAUCGGCGCCCAGGUCUUCUCUACCAUCUUCAUGUGGGGAUUCCUGCCCGACUACCCUGGUUCCAAGGACAAGGACCUCACUUACUUCAAGCUACUCGCUAGCAUGGCGCGUUUGGCUGUACGCGAGCCAACUGUGAUCCAGGGUUACCUCUGUCACAUCGGAGCUUCAGCUAGCUUUACGGACUUCUGGGUCACGUUGACCUUUCUGCUGGGCGAUACACCCUAUCACUACGAUACUCUAACUAUCGGGAUGUUCGGACUGAUUGGUAUAAUCGGUGUGCUCGGUUCACCUCUGUUUGGCCGCGUCAUUGACCGCAUGAAUCCUUGGUACGCCAUCGUGAUUGCCACCAGCAUCAUGUUCUUGUCCAAAGCCAUAUACUGGGGAGCAGCUGGCGCGCAUCUCGCGGUCGUGGUCAUAGUCUGCAUCGGCUUGGACAUUGCACGUCAGUCGCAACAGGUAGCGAUUGCGACACAGGUCUUCCAGGUUGAAGAAGGGAUGCGUUCUAGAAUCAACUCACUAUGUAUCUUCGCGACAUUCAUCGGACAAGUGAUGGGAAGCGCAGUGGGAUCUCAAGUCUUCCUUCGUCAUGGAUGGCGGGCCAAUGGGGCGCUCAUGUUCGCGUUCUGCGCGUUUCAGCUCGUCAUCAUGCUUUUACGAGGUCCUCACGUGCGGAGAUAUACGUGGUUCGGGUACGAGGGGGGAUUUGACUGGAGAAAGACGUCCCAUUCGACCACGACCACGAUCAUCGAUCACGACUCGGAGAAGGGCGACGUGGACGUCCAAGACAUGAAAGACGAUGAAGACGAAGGGAGAUGA